UAAUACUUUGCGUUAAGCAUCAGAAUUUACGUAAGACACCCAAAUGGUUAUACUUGUGGGCUGUUGCUAUUUUUUUGGAUGGCGCACUGGAUGCAUUAUAAGUUCAGUAUGGCUGAUUCUAUACUACGGAUUAAUGGCAUACUUUAUGCACUAUCAAAUGAUCCAUUCUCAAAAGGCUAUCAUAGACUUAAAUACUCGCGAAUAUAAAAAGGAAACUACAGGCUAUUGGGUAUUGGGCGUUUCGUUCAUCCUCAUGGCUUUUGUAACUGUGUUUCUGUUGAUCGGAGCUAUCACGAGGAAAUAUGAAUUUCUUUUUCUGUUUUUACUGGCGCAAUUGCCUUCCUUUUUAGUGGAAUCAUUCUAUCUGUUGACAGCCAUUAUAUACGGCAUAGAAUUCGAAAGUUUUAUAAUAUAUCUUGUUCCCUUUGGAAUUCUGAUUUACAUCGAUCUAGUUGUUUGUUCAUAUUUGUAUGAACUAAAAAGUCUUAAAAGGAUGAGAUCUGUGUCACAAUUUACCAUAGAAUAUUGAGAUCAUUUUGCCAAUUUAGAGUCCAUUAUAAAUUUGUUCG